CUUUGGGAAACCAUGACAUGACGAGGAUAUUCAGACAGUGAAAUUUCAUAAUUUCAUAAAUGUAUAAUGUGUGUGUGUAUUUUGUAUAUAUUUCCACAGAUAUCAGGGCAGGGAUCAGACACAUGACUCGUUCCUGAAUCAUACAAAACAAAAACAAAUAAAUAAAUAAAAGCACCAAUUUCCCAUAUCAUCAAAACUGUUUCUUGUGAUCACUUGUCACUUUAGCAAACUAGCAAUUAAUUCACCCUCCUCCUCUUUUCUUUCUGGUUUAUCAGUCUCUUUCUCAUCAAUAAUUACUCUCUUUCUCAGUCAGACUCUGAUACCAACUACACAGAUAAACAGAGAACAAAAAGAAAAGAAAAAACAACAAAACAAAGUUCUGAAGAGUAAUUGAAAGAGUUUUGGCAUUUUGAAUUGUUGAAAGAGUUUUGGUGGUGGUGAUGUAUGGAUCUUUGAUCUUGGUUUUGGGUUUUUGUUUUGAUUGAUCUUGAUUCUUGCUAGAAAGUGAUCAAAUUAAGGCAGAGGAAGAUCACAAAGCUUCAGAAAAAGAAAAAUGCUUGGAAAUGGGGUGGUGGGGAUUUUGUCAGAGUCAGUGAACAAGUGGGAGAGAAGAGCACCUUUGACUCCAUCUCACUGUGCUAGGCUGCUCCACAGUGGCAGAGACAAAACUGGGGUUGCCCGCAUCAUAGUGCAGCCCUCCACAAAGCGCAUCCACCAUGAUGCAAUGUAUGAGGAUGUUGGGUGUGAAAUCUCUGAGGAUUUAUCCCAAUGCGGCCUCAUCCUUGGCAUCAAACAGCCCAAGCUGGAGAUGAUUCUUCCUGAUAGAGCCUUUGCAUUUUUCUCUCAUACUCACAAGGCUCAGAAGGAAAACAUGCCACUCUUAGACAAGAUCCUAGCUGAAAGGGUGUCCCUCUAUGAUUACGAGCUUAUCGUGGGGGAUCAAGGGAAAAGACUACUUGCAUUUGGAAAGUAUGCUGGUAGAGCCGGAUUUAUCGACUUCCUGCGCGGGUUAGGACAGAGAUACUUAAGUCUUGGAUAUUCAACACCGUUCCUCUCAUUGGGUGCAUCUUAUAUGUAUACGUCCUUGGCUGCUGCCAAGGCUGCAGUGAUUUCCGUGGGUGAAGAGAUAGCAACUCUGGGACUACCAUCAGGAAUCUGCCCUCUGGUCUUUGUCUUCACCGGUUCAGGAAACGUUUCUUCUGGCGCGCAAGAGAUAUUUAAGCUUCUUCCUCAUACUUUUGUGGAUCCUAGCAGACUUCCAGAGCUAUCUGGGACGGACAAGGAUGCUGCUCAACCUACAAGAUCAUCGAAAAGGGUCUUCCACAUAUAUGGUUGUGUUGUGACUAGUAAAGACAUGGUUCAACACAAAGAUUCCACAAGAGCAUUUGACAAAGCUGACUAUUAUGCACAUCCAGAACACUACAGCCCUGUUUUCCAUGAAAGAAUAGCCCCUUAUACAUCUGUAAUUGUGAAUUGCAUGUAUUGGGAGAAAAGAUUUCCUCGCUUAUUGAGUACCAAGCAGUUUCAAGAUUUAAUGAGGAAAGGAUGUAAGCUUAUUGGAAUCUCUGAUAUAACUUGUGAUAUAGGGGGAUCUAUAGAAUUUGUCAACCAAACCACGCCCAUUGACUCACCCUUCUUCAGAUAUGAUCCUAUGAAUGAUUCUUACCAUCACGACAUGGAUGGGGCUGGCUUGAUAUGUCAAGCUGUGGACAUUCUUCCAACAGAAUUUGCAAAAGAGGCUUCCCAACAUUUUGGAGACAUAUUGUCCCAAUUUGUUGGUAAUUUGGCUUCUACAAGAGACAUCACAAAGAUACCUGGACACUUGACGAGAGCUUGCAUAACCCAUGGAGGAGUACUUACCUCAUUGUAUGAAUACAUUACACGUAUGAGAAAAUCUGGCUCAGAAGAAAUAUUAAAAAGUCCUUCUAAGCACCAAUCUAACAAGAAGUAUAACAUAUCAGUAUCUCUCAGUGGUCACUUAUUUGAUCAAUUUCUGAUAAAUGAGGCCUUAGAUAUUAUUGAAGCUGCAGGUGGCUCCUUUCAUUUGGUUAAGUGUGACGUGGGUCAAUGUUCUAAUUCUAUGUCAUUCUCAGAGCUUGAAGUGGGUGCAGAUGAUAGGGCAGUUCUGGAUCAAAUUAUCGACUCUUUAACUUCUCUUGCUAAUCCAAACGAAAAUUAUGAUUUAAAGCAAGAAAAAAAUAAGAUUUCUCUGAGGAUUGGUAAAGUCCAGGAGAGUCCUAUGAAGGAAAAUGGCACGAAAAGAAAGGUUGGGGUUCUUAUAAUUGGCGCAGGCCGGGUAUGCCAACCAGCUGCUGAGAUGUUAGCAUCAAUUAGCGAAAUGUCAUCCCAGAAAUGGUGUAAAGCAUGCCUGGAAGAUGAUUUUGAAGAGAAGAAUGAUGUGCAAGUUACUGUUGCAUCUCUCUAUCUAAAGGAUGCUGAAGAGAUUACUGAAGGUAUUCCAAAUACAAGAGCAGUUCAACUUGAUGUGACGGAUACUGGCAGUCUUCAUAAGUAUAUAUCAGAGGCUGAAGUUAUUAUAAGUUUACUGCCAGCUUUUUGCCACAUUACUGUAGCAAAUGCAUGUAUUGAGCUUAAAAGGCAUCUUGUCACUGCUAGCUAUGUUGAUGAUUCAAUGUCAAAGCUAGAUGAAAAGGCAAAGAGUGCCGGUAUUACGAUUCUUGGUGAGAUGGGCUUGGACCCUGGGAUAGAUCAUAUGAUGGCAAUGAAGAUGAUCAACCAAGCACAUGUCCGUAAGGGGAAAGUCCGGUCUUUCACCUCGUAUUGUGGUGGACUCCCAUCCCCAGCUGCAGCAAACAAUCCAUUAGCGUACAAAUUCAGUUGGAGUCCUGCAGGAGCUAUUCGAGCCGGGCGCAAUCCUGCCACGUACAAGUCUAGGGGUGAAAUUGUACAAGUUGAUGGAAUGAAUCUCUAUGAUUCAGCUGUGAAACAACGGAUUCCCAACCUACCAGCUUUCGCGCUGGAAUGCCUCCCAAAUCGUAACUCACUAGUUUAUGGGGAAUUGUAUGGAAUAGGACAUGAAGCUUCAACCGUCUUUCGUGGAACCUUGCGCUAUGAAGGGUUUGGAGAAAUAAUGGGGACACUCUCAAGAAUUGGUUUAUUCGAAUCCGAUCCUCAUCCACUUCUCAAGGAUGGAAAGAGACCCACAUUCAGGAAAUUUUUGUCUGAACUUCUCAAAAUCGAAGGUGAAGAUCUGGAUGGACCCUUGAUAGGAGAGAAAGUCAUCCAUGAAAGGAUUAUCAAGCUUGGAUACUGCAAAGAUCAAGAAACUGCAUUGAGGGCAGCCAAGACCAUAACAUUUUUGGGACUUCAUGAUCAGAAAGAAAUCCCUGCCUCCUGCCGAAGUGCAUUUGAUGUGAGUUGUCUCCUCAUGGAAGACAGGUUAGCAUACUCCAGCACAGAACAGGAUAUGGUGCUUUUGCAUCAUGAAGUAGAGGUUGAGUUCCCAGAUGGACUUAGAGAGAAGCAUUCAGGCACUUUACUGGAAUUUGGGCAGACUAAGAAUGGUAAAAUGAUCACCGCCAUGGCUUUCACGGUUGGCAUCCCGGCAGCCAUUGGAGCUCUGCUCAUACUUGGAAACAAGGUCAAAACAAGAGGGGUCUUGAGGCCUAUUGAACCAGAAGUAUACGUCCCAGCCAUGGAUAUAAUACAAGCUUAUGGCAUCAAGGUAAUGGAGAAGAUCGAGUGACCCAAACAAUCCCCCUACCUCUUUCCUGUGUAGAUGCAGCUAUUCACCAGAUAUUCGAUGCACAACUAGUGCCUCGUUUCGCUUGACUGCAAUGGAGCAUAGAUACUUGAAAGGGAGAGUUUGAUACAAUUAUGUGGCAGGGCUCCAAUGAUGGGUUUGCAAUGCCUUCCCAAGUUUUGUGGAAAGAGCGCUUGCAACUUAGAGGAGCUCCCUAUUCCUACAUUAAUGUCAGCAAAAUAACUUUGUGAACAAUGGAUUUGAACAAUGGUUCUUCAUAUUCUUUGUGACUUUUCAGGUCAGGGAUGGAAAAAGGGUUCGCAUGAGCUUGAAUAGUGAAGUGUAACCAACAUAUUGCAAGAA